CGAUGUCAAUACAAAUUAGUUGAAUUUUUGUUUUGUUUGUCGGGAUAUCAUAGCUGGUACUAAAAAAUCCAUCACAAAACGCCCAGUUUGACUACGCAAAACUCCCAAUAUAUAGGAAAUGGCUAGCGACUGGGAGUGUAUUCCGCACUCGUACGAUGUGACGAAGAAUUACCUUCAAAGCUACCAAACCUACGAGCAUCCACUGAAGAUACAGACCGUGACAGUAGUGGAAAGCAAAGGCACGAAGCAGAUUUUGAAAGAUAACCGAGGGAGUUUCAGUAGCAACGCUAGCUCGCGUGCUUCCUCAAGCAUUUCAUUACUAACGGAGCCGCUCGGUUCGGCCUUGGAUGGAGCCGAUCCUUUAUCGCAGUUUGCACGGCAAGAGCAAGAACUCAAAGAUCCUCUUUCAAAUACGUCUUACGAUUACCAAAAGAAGGCAAAAAGACGGGAGAGAACCGCGUUGGAGGAGGAUGAGCUGAGUUGGGCCACCAAACGGCUGGGCAUAUUAAAUCGCUUUACAACCUCGGAGAAGCUCUCGAUUACAACCAGUUUUCUUUCCACUGGGAGCACAGGAGCAGAAGGCAUCAGAGCGCAAACUAUAGUGGCGGAUAAGGUAAAAUUUCGCCUCGAGCAACUAGACGAUUUCGAUGAUGGUUCCGUGCGCCACAUGAUAGACCUAACGCAACAGGAAUACAUACAACGAAUCGAACAACUGAAUCAAGAGUUGGUACUGUCGUGGAAUGACGAUCAACGUGUAAAAGCAUUAAAAAUUGUAAUACAAUGUUCGAAAAUGCUUUCAGACACUUCCGUACUUAGCUUUUAUCCCAGCCAAUUUGUGCUUAUAACAGACAUACUCGAUAUGUUUGGUAAAUUAGUAUACGAACGGCUGAAUAUUAAGGCAAACAAUGACUUUGGCGAUGGAGAGUAUGUUAAGAAUAUAUAUUUUUUUUUUAUAUUAGCACCUGUUUUAAAAAUAUUAUACCUUAGCACCGGGAAAUUGGGAAGAACUGAGUAUAUGAACGAAAGUGCACGAGAAACCUGUCAAAAUUGGUUUUUUAAAAUUGCCUCUAUCCGCGAACUGCUGCCCCGUCUCUAUGUAGAAAUGGCUUUAAUGAAAUGUUAUGAAUUCAUAACACCAAGCGAAAUUGACAAGUCGCUGCGCCGCAUUACCAAAAUGAUCCGUGGCAUUGGUGAUCCUUUGGUGCAAACGUAUGCGCGUUGCUAUUUGGUGCGCGUCAGUUUGGCUGUAAUUACGAAUAAAGAAUGCAUAAGAGAGAAUUUCAAAGAUUUUUUAAAAAUCUACCACACGAUUUUUUGCGGUACUGUGCGCUCGGAACUUAAUCGCCAGCGUGUGAAUAUAGAAGCAUACUUGGCACUAUAUGGCCCGGCAUUGGAUUUUAUGCUAUCAGCGCUUGUUCACAAAUGCAAUCUGUACACAGAAGAAAUAAUGGCUGAAUGCAAGGGAGUAAAAAAUAAUGCACCGCUUUUGAUAUCCAUAUUGAAUGCGUUCAAACCGGAAUUCAUCGCUGCCAAUGCCAUGGAAUUCGUCAAACUACUAACCCAUUCCAAUGCGGAAGGUACUUCGAAAGGACAGUUAUUUCGCGCACUAGGUAGUAAUGUCAGCGUCUGUCCACCACUGCCAGAGCAGAGAUUGCCGUUUUUAAAUGCUGCUUUUAACGCCAUCGACACUUUCGCGGAUCCAAUGGAAUAUAUGAAUUGCGUGGAAACUUGGGCACAUUUCAUCACAGACAACUUUCCUGUAAGCGUUAUCAACGAUCUGCUGGGCACAAUCACAUUGCGGGUCAAAGCCAGUCGAGCAUAUGAAAAGCAUUAUAAUCAGCUACAAAAUAUUCUAGACAAAAUUCUGCAAUGCUUAAAAAAUACAGAAUCGCUACUCAUUCAAGAAAAUUUUCUGCCAUAUGUUGAUCUUUUCCAAAAGGACACAAUCAAGGUUGGUGUUUGCAAAAACAUUCUCACAAUAUUCCAUCUUAAAAGUGAGGAGAAUAUUUCCGAUGAAAUUGUCAUCAACGCUCUUAUGUAUAUUGGAAAAAUUCUUAACGACUCCGUAACCGCGUUGACUGUGGAAGAUGAACGCCGUCAAAUUUCGCAGUUGAUCAGCAGUUCCAUACGUAAGGUUGUUUUCCCACGCGACUUUGAACGACAGCUGAGCUUUUAUGUGGAGGCACGCGAGGCUUUCACCAAUUUGGAUGCGGUCUACAUAACAUUGGUUAAUGCAGUCAAUAAAUUAGCAGUCGAGACGCAACAUAUAGUCCACGGAAAGCAUACACGUAAAACCGGCGCUUUUGUUAAGGCGUGUGUAGCCUUUUGCUUUAUAACCAUUCCUAGCAUUACUGCCGUUCAAACUCAAAUGGACUUGUAUUUGCUGACUGGCCAGGUGGCACUUUUGAAUCUUUGCUUAGGACAAGCGGAUGCAUGUUUCGAAGCCUCACUGCAAUUAGUUAGCGAAUUGCCGCGUUCAGUAGAGAUAGAGGGUAAAACGCGUAGCCUGGAAACGUAUUUAAUUUCAUAUCUUUGCAAUAUGUUAGCCACAUUGGUGGUAGUGCCGGAUAGCCCAGAACAAGGUGUUUUGUAUUUAUUACGUCUAUUACUGGAAGUAGUAAAUAAAUUUCCCUUCGAAAUACAUAGCUCCGGACCCAUCACUGUGUACUUGCAUGCUCUGGACAUGCUGUAUGUGCAAAGUUUAGAAGAAUUCCCCUAUCACAUACCUGGCGUGGUUUCCAAUGAUGAACUCUAUGGCAAUGAUCCCAAAUUUGUUGCUGAAGUGAACAAUAUUUGUACGCAAGUGGUUGACCAAAUUCUAGCACAACUCAAAAUACUCGGUAACGCACAUCAACAACGUGCGCAGGCCACACUAGCUUUGGAACUCUUUUUGCGGAUCAUCCGGUAUGCGAAUCUCAGCCGCGAAAAAACCUUCCAUUUGGCUCUGAAUCUUUGGCUGCUUGCUGUUAAGGCGGAGGCUCAUAUCGACGCUAAAUUAAUUCCAUAUUCGUUGAAAACCGUCGAAUACACCUACAAGAAAAUAAUGAACACAAAUACGCCGCAUGCACAGUCCUUGGCGCAAUUGAUGUUACGCAUUCGAAACCAAUAACUUAUUGUGUAUUUUUUAUUACGUGAAUAUAUUUUAUGUUUAUUUAUACAUUUGACCCGUCAUCAAACAGUUUGAUUUUUAAAAGGAAAUAAUAUGUAAUCGGUUCCAAAAAAGUUCGUAAAUGAAGUACUACAACCUUGCUUUAACCCGGGAAGUCCCAUAA